AUGGCGACCUCUAGCUCGCUACCUUCUCUGCAAGGAUCUACUAUCGUAGUCCGCCCCUACAUCGAUUCCCAGCCAACGAGGUGCUGUACCAAAUGCCGCAAGGACUUCCCCGAGACGUCCGCGUAUUUCAAAGCGUUUAAAAAAGGAGGGUUUGCUGCUACGUGUGUUGAUUGCACGGCUAGAUAUUCUGCUGCGAAAAAGGCCAAAGAACAAAGUGCACAAGGGUUCGUCUCUACAGAAACUCGUGGCCGAAAGAGAAGAGUCCUGGGAGAUACGGAUCCAAAUGUGCAGCGGAAAGCGCCUAGGCUUGCACCAAAAGUGCCUGCACGAUGGGAUAUGGCUUCGCAACACACGAAGGAACAGAUGAGAUCGAAGGCUGCUAGAGAACGACAGAAUCGCUAUCGACGAAACAACUACUUCACACCUGUGCCAACCCACUCCGCUGGAAUGGACCUUCCAGCGUUCUCAUCCAUUCCAUUCCCCUCUCGAACGCCAACACCUCCUACGCCGCCUCCUGCUCCACGCGAAGCUCCUAUAUCAGACACGGAUUGGACGAAUAUUACUACGUUCCAUGAGUAUCUCAGCAAGCAAGAGAUGGAGACAUGUGCUCGUUGCCAGGAACGUUGGUUUCAGAUGGGGUUAUUACAUGGUGUUUGUGGUGCUUGUUUGAAACGGGACAGGAAUUUACAAGCGGGAGAGCCCUUCCUGUUCAGCAAGGGUAAUAAUAUGGAUCCUGGGGUGGUUCCUGACUGUUUGCGGGACUUGACGCAGAUGGAAGAGAUGGUGAUUGCCAAGGCGCAUUGCCACAUGAUUAUGAAGCGUGUCCGGGGUCACCAAUAUCACUACACCGGGCAGAAUAAUGUGACGUUUAUCGAUGCUCUUCCCUCUCGCCCUCAGCAUGUCGAUAUCGUACUCUUACUUCAGGAACGAUUUUCGCGUUCGUCGAGGCUACGUUGA